AUGCAAACAGGAGAAAAUGGAACAAGAGUGGUGGAAUUCAUCCUUCUUGGCUUCCCUGGGUCCCCAUAUUUGCAGAUGUUCAUCUUCACACUCUUUCUUACCAUGUAUCUCCUGACAAUAUUGGGAAACAUGUCCAUCAUCAUUCUAGUAAUAACACAAUGUCGUCUCCACUCUCCCAUGUAUUUCUUCCUCUGCAAUCUCUCUUUCCUGGAGAUAUGGUACACCACUGCAAUAAUUCCAAAGACCCUGGGAAUCAUUACAGGGAGUAGCAGAAGCAUCUCUUUAGCUGGCUGCACUUUGCAGAUGUACUUUGUUCUUUCCUGUGGAUCCACAGAGUUUUUCCUGCUCACCGUCAUGGCUUAUGACCGAUAUUUGGCUAUAUGUUUUCCACUGCACUACAGCACCAUCAUGGACAUCAGCCUUUCAAGCAAGUUGGCAGUUGGCUCUUGGCUUUGGGGUUUCCUUAUUAUUUCUAUAAUAGUAAUUUUCAUCUCAAGGCUUUCCUUUUGUGGACCCAAUGUGAUUAACCAUUUCUUUUGCAAUACUGAUUCAUGGAUAAUUCUGUCUUGCACUGACACCUAUGCAGUUGAAUUGGCAACUUUUAUUAUUUCUGUCUUUGUUAUCUUGGUCCCCUGUUUGGUAACAGUUCUUUCAUACAUAUUCAUAAUCGGUACCAUUCUACAAAUGCCUUCUGCCAGAGGACGACAAAAGGCCUUUUCUACAUGCUCUUCUCACCUUGCUGUUGUGGGUAUUUGGUAUGGAUCCACCAUCUUUCUUUAUGUUAAGCCAUCUAAGGGGACGUCUUUGGAAAGUGCCAAAGUAGUGAACAUUCUGAAUACAAUUGUGACUCCUCUACUGAAUCCUUUUAUCUAUACAUUGAGGAACAAAGAGGUUAAGGAGGCUGUGAAAAGGACCAUCCAGGGUAGAUAUCACCUUAAAGAGAUAGGGCGAGUACUUUUCGAAAGUGUUUGCCGAACCAAAUCCCACCCAAGCAAAUGGUGA